GUCCCACCGGCUGUCUGCGGGCAUUUGUAUCGCUCUAAACCUUAUAAUGAACAUUUCUAAAACGCUAUACCGUAUGAGUGGAAUAUAGUCCUGCGUCAAGCCGUAUUUUAGGAAAAUGACCGCUGAAGGACAAUAAAUGUCACAUUCAAGGGCGACUUUGCCUCUGCAGUUUGAAGGUAAUUUCUGCUUUCCGACUCGAAACUCAAGAGGACACGGAAAAGGGAAAAAAGGAGAACCACCAUGCUUCAGCUGGGAGAUGAAGUCACCCUCUACUCGCUGGUCUUCGUGCUGGUCCUGCUGGGAACCCGGAGCCCCUUGUGGUCCACCGCCCUCACGACCUCCCUCUAUCUGUUUGUAGCCAUGUUCAGGUUUCCGCAGUUGGCGACCAGCAGGACACGGCAGGUGCUGAACCCGGCAGCGGGAAAGGCAGCCGCGGUCGCUCACCGAGGCGGUGGACACGACGCCCCGGAGAACACGAUAGCAGCCAUUCGGGAGGCGAGUAGGAAUGGUGCGACCGGUGUUGAGUUGGACUUGGAGUUCUCUGCAGAUGGGAUCCCCAUCCUCAUGCAUGAUGACACCGUGGAUCGGACCACCAACGGUUCGGGCCCACUCAACAAGAUGAGCUUCUCCGAGCUGCUCAAACUCGAUGCAUCUGCUAAACAUCGAUUCAGGUCCAAGUUUGUUGGCGAGAAGAUCCCAACUCUGGAAGAGGCCGUAAAGGAGUGCAUCAAGCUGAAACUCACCAUCUACUUUGAUGUCAAAGGUCAUCCAGAUGAGUCAGCUGCAGCGCUUAAAGACUUGUACAAGAAAUACCCGGUUCUCUACAACAGCAGCAUCGUCUGCUCCUUCCAACCCAAAGUCAUCUAUAGGAUGAGACAGAGCGACCCUGAAGUGCUCACAGCGUUGACCCACAGGCCGUGGAGCUUGAGCUGUCUCGGCGACGGUACGCCACGUUUUUCAUCACUAUGGCAACAUCACUGGAUGAGAAUGAUGGACAUCUUGUUGGACUGGGCACAUCAUCACCUGCUGUGGAAGCUGUGUGGCACCUCCGCCUUCCUGAUCCAGAAAAACGUCGUGUCACAGGACUAUGUCCAGUACUGGGCUCAAAGGGGAGUGGAAGUUGUAGCCUGGACCGUCAACACAAAAUUGGAGAAAGAUUAUUUCCAGGAGGUGCUACACAUCAAUUACAUCACAGACAGCCUUGUGGAAGAUUGUGAACCUCAUUACUGAGACACACGGCCAAUAGCUGCCCAUAACGUCUCGAUAUCAGAUAACAUCCUUAAAAUGAAAGAGGAUGUUUAGACUAAUUACUCCUCCUCAGCUAUCGGUGUCAACAGAUAAGGCCCUCUUCUCACCAGAGUAAGACCAUGUGACAACUUUAAAACUUAACGGAAAUAUCUACCGUGGUGCACCAGGAGCACAGUGUGAUUUUUGUUGUUAGAGUUCCCCCUCUGCUUUUAGAAAAACACAAACACCUCCAUGCUGCACAUAUGCAGCUUGCUGCGGUGGUUGAAUGUGAUGGUGGAGGUGCAGAAACCUAUCGUAUUUACAGAAAUUUUUCUCAGAUUGCAAGGAAACUUCAUUGUGAAAUGGUGAUACCGUUCUGACAGAAUGGUAUAAAAAAGCAGUAACUUUCCACUCAAGUUUUUUUUUCUUUCCUCCCCCAAAUUUGCUACAAUCUAGCAAACUUUAAAUAGUCUUGAAGAUUAUUGGGCGAUCCCAAUCUGUUGUGAAGAGGGUCGGAUAAAUCAAACGUUCCAGUACUGUAAAUUUACGCUGAGUUUUACUUGUGGAUUUUCAAACUUUUUAAACUUUUAUUUCUAACUUUGUAAUAAGAGGCCAUGUAUCAGGUUUUAUGUUCCUUUAGACACUUUAUAAAUAUGAUAAAUUCAGUUGCACAUGUGGUGCAUACAGAGAUUUUCAGACAGCGUGCUUGUACUUUUUGUCUCAAACGGACUCGUCUCAGACUAUCUGUGCAAAAGUCUUUACAGGUUUUUCUGGGCUCUUCAGUUUAUCUUUGGACAAUGGCUGCUAACAUUAAACUAAUACUUGGUUUAGUUUGACGGUUUUUAAAGAAUCCUUUGAAUUUAUUGAUUUGGCCACUUAAAGUGCAAAUCCACCAUGAAAAGCUCUCGACUUAAGGAAUAAAACAGUUUUGUGUCUGCAGACGUUGACUUUUAAAAGAUCCCUUGAAUUUUUACCUUUGGUGCUGAACCUUGAUUAGCUCUAUUUUCUGUCUUCUGACAAACGAGGUGGUAACAGAUCACAUAUGAACACAUACUUAAUACCACUCUGAGCUCUACUACUUGAGCUCUUUUACAAAGAACAAUGAGCAGGAACAGAAUUAAAAAAAAGACACAAACAAUCCCCACUGCAAAAACCUGCUUCAUUCUGAGGGGUUGCUGUUCUGGUCAGCUUUGGUGUCCUGUAUUGAAUCCAAUACAGGACAAUCCUGCAUUUUCAGUCUCCACUGAGUAAAUAUUCACCUUUUUGACAUCAUUUUAAUCUGAUUAAAAUGUACCAUGAAGAAAACAACCAAUGUCCAAAAGAUUAAAGAACCGCAAGAGAACUUCCAUUUAAAACAAAACGGAGGAGAAAAUGACAAAUUAAGACUUUUGCACAGAAAGACUUCUGUACUCAGGAUUUUAAUAAGUUGUUUGUUUCCUGUCUUUAUUUUGCUUAUUGUUGAUGCCUGCAACAUUUGUCCUUCCACACUAAAAGGGAGAGUGUAAAUAUGUCUUGUUUAUGAAUGUUCAAGAAUGACUGAGAGUCAGUGCACUGGUUUAAUGCAGAUCAGUCUUCCUCUACGCUCAUGUAUGAAAGGACUUGUGAUUAUAAGCGAUCAUAUAUUUCUUUUUUUUUUGGUCAAAGUAAUUUAUCUCCUUUUAUUCAGAAUGGUGGGAGUGGCACUGAAAUACUGUGAAAUAUGAAAAUAAAUAACCAAAUGUGGAAGUAACCAAGCAAGGGCAUAAGCAGAAAAAACUUAGAAAUGUUGAAAGAAACAAAAAGUUUGUGUGGAGUUAAAAUCUCCUAAGGGAACAAAUAUCUUUGGAAAUUGUUUUUAAAACAUCCGGCGAUCCUUGUUCUCAGUUUUUCAGUUUGUCUUUGUUAAUUAUUAAAUUAUCAGAUAGUUACAUUAUGGAUAAAGGAAAAAGAUUUACUUUUGGUUCGAUUGGGUUUACUUUGGUAAAAUUGCUUUUAUAGUAGACCUACUUAGAGAAAUUAAACAGAAUAGAUACAUUAAGAUAUUUAUUCCCACUCAUUUCUAAACUGCUUUAGAUCUUUAAUUAGCUGAUUAGUUUUUUAUAUUGCAGAUUGUUUCUGUUGAGUCCAGAAAUGUCCAUUUAGAGAACAAGAAACUGUCAAACAGAUGUGUUUUUAAUGUUUAGUAAACGGUAUUGUACAGAUAUGUAAGCAGGCAACUGGUCUCUAUCUGCAGAUUGAGUAACCUGGAAAGAAGCUGGACUGUAAAUAACGAGCCGUGCCAAUUACAUGUGUGAUAUAUGAAAUCACUAUAAGUGAGACAUCUUUCUAGACUGCAGCUGUAACCGAUAAUGUAUGCUUGAGUAUUUCAGAGCACGUGAUUAUAUUUCUGCUUGUGUUUUACUAGCCUCACAUCUUUUACACUCUGCACAGAAAGUGAUUUGUAAGCGGUCAUAAAGUGGAAUGCCUAUUUCAUUGUCUGUCCUAAAAUAAAACAAUGUUUGGGUUCUUUUGAUGGAA